AUGGGGGAGCUGAGGUCAUCUACACCCCCACUUCACUUGGAUCUGAACAACUUUGACACUGUCGAUGCAGAAAAUAGCAGGUAUGUUUUAACAAGCCCUCGCUCCUUGGAGUCCUGUGCACGACUUGGCAUCAAACCUGUUGCUCUUCUGAUGAAAUCGCUGAAUGACUUAUUGUCUGAGCAGUGUGACUUGCCUUUAGAAGAAGUCAAAGUUAUGCAUGAAUCCUAUGACAGGCAGAGAAGGACGCUUCUGCAAAUGUGCCGAAAUGAGAGGGAGCGGAUUAUCCGGCAGGUUACCAGGUGGCCGAGCACUAAGAAAAUCUCAAGCCGGGAGACGAGACAUGACACCAAGCUAAAGGAUGACAUCAUUAUUGAUAAGACAACAGCUCCUAUUCCAUAUGCAGAUCUCUGUAUUAGGCACAAAUGUGUGAGUAAGACAUCCUGCUCUGCUGCAGGAGAACCAGACAGGAACACAAUCUGCAGCCUAGGUGACCUCAGACACUAUCCGGAUAUCCAAAUAAAACUACAAAGGCUCACUGAAGACAUUCGGAGGGAAAUGCGUGUGCCAAUAUCGCAGACCGACCGCAAGAUUGCAGCUCUCAUGCUGAUAAAACACCAGGAAGAGGAGGACCGCCUCAGUCAUAGGCAGUGGAGGGACGAGGAGCGAGAGGAGGCCCGCAGGCAGGAGGAGGUCCGGCAGGCGCAGGCAGAGAAAAGGAGGAUGCAGAAGCUGAUGCAGAGUGUGCAAUGCUGGCAUGAGGAGCUGGAGGCCCGCAGGAGGCUGAGAGCACGUCGGGAAGAAGAGAGAGCAAAACAGCUCAAAAGGGAGGUGAUGCUGCAAGAGGAGCGAUGGAAGAGGCUGAAGGAGCAGGUGGAGGCACAGCGGAGAGGACAGAUGGAAGCUGCGCAAAAGGAUGCACAGGUGAGGAGAUUCUGCCAGGAGAACAUGCUGAAAGAAAUGGAGAAGGUGGACAAAAGGCAGCGAGACAAGGAAAGACAGGCCGCUAUGGAGAGGGAGCAGAGAGCAAGGAGGAGAAAAUUGCGGCUGGAGAAGAAGGAGAAGAAGCGUCUCCAGCAGGAAAACAGAAAGGAGCUGCGACACCACAUCCUCCUAAAACAGCAAGUGGAAAAACAGAUGGAGGAUGAGGAGACACGUCUGAGGGAUGCACUUGAUAGGAAGAUGCGGCGUUUACGUGUGAAACACGCUCGUGACGUGGAGACUCGGCUGCUGGAGCUGCAGGAACGGGCUGCCCGGGAGGAGAAGCAGAUGCUGAGGACGCAACUCAGGGCCAAGCUGCACAGCAUCCAGCAGCACACGCACAAACAUCUCCUGGUCCAGCUGAGUCAGCAGCGCGUGCAGAGAGCCACUGAGCACACGUGGGCGCAGCAAAGGAAAAGAGCUCAGCAAACGCAUCAGCACAACAAACUCAGGCGGCUGCGUCACCGACGACUACAAGAGAGCCUGCAGAGAGAGGAGGAAGCGGUGAGAAAGGUCAGGGAGAGCAGCGUCGCCAUCAAGGAGAGGAGGAGUGAGAGGCUGCUCCGAGAGCGCGAACACGCACGGCAGGAAGCGCACAAGCAGGCCAUGGCGUCGUUUCAGUUGAGGGAGCGAACGAGGCAGCAGACACAAAGUCGCUCGUUUGCUCAGAUGGCUCAGGAAGCUCAGCUGGCCGCCUCCAUCAGUCGCAUGAACCUCUGA